AUGGAUAGAGGCGGCGGUUUUUGCGUCAGCUCUUUGCUACUUCCGAGGGAGAUGUUUCUUGUAGUGUUAAAGCUCAAGAUUGGUGGCCGGAGGCGGUUUCUCUGGCUGUCCGUAGAAGCUCCUAUACCGCCGGUGGUAGUGAAGGGUGUUGAUGUGGUUCCGUUUUUGUCUCGUGGGAACGACGAUGAGGACUCUAGUUCCUUUGGAAUUAUGGCAGUGAACCAAAUUUCUGAAUCUUGUGUUUGGAAUCGGUGUUUCUUCAUCGGAGAUCUUCUGGGUAAGCCUCCGUGUGUCUAG